GAGCUGCCAGGCCGGACGUGCUGUGGCCUGGCUGCCAGAAGGAGGACUCCAUUCGCCUUUCCCGGCCCAGCUUGACCCUUUCUGGGUGCGCCAUGUUCGCGCGUGGGUCUCGGAGGCGCCGCUCCGGGCGUACGCCUCCAGAGGCGGAAGACCCAGAUCGGGGCCAGCCCUGCAAUUCCUGCAGGGAGCAGUGCCCAGGCUUCCUGAUGCACGGCUGGAGAAAGAUCUGCCAGCACUGCAAAUGCCCGAGGGAGGAGCACGCAGUGCACACAGUGCCUGUGGACCUGGAACGCAUCAUGUGCCGGCUAAUCUCAGACUUCCAGCGCCACUCCAUCUCUGACGACGACUCAGGCUGUGCCUCGGAGGAGUAUGCCUGGGUGCCCCCCGGCCUUAAGCCCGAGCAGGUAUACCAGUUUUUCAGCUGCCUCCCAGAGGACAAGGUCCCCUAUGUCAACAGUCCAGGGGAAAAGUACAGGAUCAAGCAACUGCUGCACCAGCUGCCCCCACAUGACAGUGAGGCACAGUACUGCACGGCACUCGAAGAGGAGGAGAAGAAAGAACUCCGGGCCUUCAGCCAGCAGCGGAAGCGGGAGAAUCUGGGACGGGGCACCGUGCGCAUCUUCCCAGUGACCAUCACUGGGGCCAUCUGUGAGGAGUGUGGGAAGCAGAUCGGCGGUGGAGACAUUGCAGUGUUUGCCAGUCGUGCAGGCUUGGGCGCCUGCUGGCACCCACAGUGCUUUGUGUGCACCACGUGCCAGGAGCUGCUUGUUGACCUCAUCUACUUCUAUCAUGCUGGCAAGGUGUACUGUGGGCGCCACCAUGCUGAAUGCCUGCGCCCUCGCUGCCAAGCAUGUGACGAGAUCAUCUUCUCCCCUGAGUGCACGGAGGCUGAAGGCCGGCACUGGCACAUGGGUCACUUCUGCUGCUUUGAGUGUGAAACUUCACUAGGAGGCCAGCGCUAUGUCAUGCGACAGAGCCGCCCCCACUGCUGCGCCUGCUAUGAAGCCCGCCAUGCCGAAUACUGUGAUGGCUGCGGAGAGCAUAUAGGACUGGACCAAGGCCAGAUGGCCUACGAAGGUCAGCACUGGCAUGCCUCAGAUCGCUGCUUCUGCUGUAGUCGCUGUGGUCGAGCCUUGCUGGGCCGCCCGUUUCUGCCCCGCCGCGGCCUCAUUUUCUGCUCCCGAGCCUGCAGCCUUGGGUCGGAGACCACGACUCCUGGGCCAGGUCGCCGCAGCUGGAGCGCGGGCACCGUCACUGCAAGGCUCACAGCUUCCACAGCCUCUUUCUCGGCAUCGGAAGGGACUACCGUGACCCCCAGCAAAGGCAUUUGUCUGGAAGCAGCGUCUGCAGCUGGCCAUGAGGAGUCUUCCCAUUUCCUGAGAGGAGCCCCCCACCGCCACUCCAUGCCAGAGUUGGGGCUCCGCACAGCUCCAGAGCUACCCACUGAAUCCCCAGGACAUACUGACACACCUCCUGAUAGUACCUUUGGUCGCCAGAGUACUCCACGCGUCAGCUUCCGCGACCCUCUGGUGUCUGAAGGAGGUCCACGACGGACCCUUAGUGCACCCCCAGCCCAGCGCCGCAGGCCACGCAGUCCCCCACCCAGGGCUCCCAAAAGUCGUCGUCAUCGUCGUCGCUAUCGCAAUCACCACCACCACGCUGGUCGACUUCGCCAACAUCGACGUGAUUUGGGAUCUGGCUCGGACUCUGGAUCUUGCUCCAGCUCACCCUCUAGCCCCAGUUCAGAGUCCUCCGAAGAUGAUGGUUUCUUCCUAGGGGAACGGAUCCCACUGCCCCGGCAUCUGUGUAGGCCCAGGACCACUCAGGGUACUGCAACUGAGACCUUUGACACCCCGGCCUCACCACUCCCCAGUGACUCUCGCCCACGGGUGCCUCGCCAGACUCCUGACAAGAACUGCAUUGUGGCAUGAAGUCCAGCAGCCUAGGAAGGGGCCACAUUCUCAGUCUGUGUAGAUGAUGCCCGCGUCCAACUAAGUCAUAAAUCCCCUUCCUUUCUCCGUCUUUCUUCUGUUUGUAUUAUUGAAGUAAUUUAAUAUUUGUUGAAAAUA